AUGGACAUCGUACAGGCUCCGCCUUGCGGUGAGUCAGCCGUGGACUCUUCAUUUCAAAAUCUUGAACAUUUCCGAUACUUCUCCACCUACGAAUCCCUCAACAAACACACUCGGGAGUUACGCAUCCUGACGCUCCUGCCUCGGCAAGAAAAUGAUGAUGUGAUCACUUGCAGCCUGGCAAAAGUCCCUUUAUCAGCCGCCAACCACUUCUAUGCGCUGUCUCACUGUUGGGGCUCUCCAGGAGAGACAGCCAAAAUUAUGGUGAAUGGUGAACGAUUCCAUAUUCGCAAAAACCUCCGGAACUUCCUAUGGAACCUCCGAAAGCUGUUUCCUGGGCCUGUUACGGUGUGGGUGGACUUUUUGUGCAUCAAUCAACACGAUAUUUUAGAACGCAACUUUGAGGUCAGUGUGAUGGGCGAGAUCUACGCAUCUGCCGACAAAGUUAUCGCAUGGCUCGGUGAUUCCACUCCGGAGUCCGAGGAGGCCCUCAAUUAUCUCAACGAGAUCUCCCGUCUACGGCAGCAGCGCGGCGAAGAAGUGGUCGUUCGGUACAGUGACAAGACUCCAACACGUGCCCUCAAGCAUUUGAUGUCAAGACCUUACUGGAGCAGACUGUGGAUCGUCCAGGAGGUCCUUUUGGCCAACGAUGCCCUCACUAUGUACCCUGCUUGGACCCUUUGA